CUCCUAUUUCUAACCUGCCUUCUUGGAAUUGUGGGGAACGGGACCGUCGUCUGGAUUCUUAGCUUCCGUAUGAAGAGGACUCCUUUCACAACCUACAUCCUGAACUUGGCUAUUGCUGAUAUUGGGGUCCUCAUUUUGCAAUAUAUAUAUCUAUUUCUCCUCAAAAAUAUUACAUUGUUGGUUAUGUGCUCUCAUUACUGUAUAACACUGUAUAACACUGAUCAGCUUCUCCUGACAGCCAUCAGUGUUGACAGGUGUGUGGCGGUCCUCUACCCAGUUUGGCAUCGAUGCCACCGGAGACCACACUUGUCUAGAACUGUGUGUGUCUUCAUAUGGGUCCUCUCCUUUCUGCUUACGAGGGCACAUCCGAUUAAAAUUCCUAUACUGGUUGCUUUUGUAUGUACAAUUCUAAACUGCAGUGUUAACCCGUUAAUCUAUUUCUUAGUGGGAAGAGACAAGAAAAGCAGAUCUGGGCUCUCUAUGAAAGUUGCCCUCCAGAGGGUAUUCAAGGAUGAGGAAAACUCCAGAGGGGAAGAAGGACUCCAAGCUGAAAACCAGGUCUGA